GAAAACCCUGGAAAUGUUUGCUGUUGCACUCCACCACUAACAGUGCUUUCUGCUUCAUUCUACCGCGUCUAUGAGGACUUGAGUUGCUUAUAAGAGCUGGUUAGUGUUCAGAUGAGGGGGUGAGGCAUGCCUUUCAGAGUAGGAAUUCCAGGAGUACUUACACCACCAGACUUUACAACGUGUAAAUUAGGCCCAGGUUGAAUUAGGUUAUUGAAUUCUUGGGUGUGUGAUUUAAGACUGAAGGACAAAAGGCCUUGCAGAUAAAUUGACAGUGUUCAGAACUUCGUGCAUUUCCAAUAGAGUUCCCUCCCUCUGCUGUGUGCAAGGCUGUUUGGGCAGGCAGUACGACGUUUUGAAUAAAGGUCAACAAGGGAGGUCACUUUCCGGAUUUUUCUCCUGGGUAGGAGGAAGCCGGAGGCCUCUUAUCAAACAGAGUCGCAGCACAAUCCUGGGCUUCCAACAGCUGCAAAUUUUUGCUCGAAGCUGCAAAACUUCUGGGGUUGCCAUGGUCCUUGGGAGCGAAAAUGCUGGCCGCCCUUUGCUACCGCAGCACAGAGCUGGCCGUUGCAGCGUCCUCUCCAGUCCCUUUCAAAAGGAGACCCCAGAAAGGGGUGGAGCCCGGACGGGACCUGAACCUGAGCUCUUGUCCAAGGGACUGCGGCGAAUAAAAAAGGCUUUUCUCAAACUAACGGGCUACAGCCCUGGGUUUGUCAAAGGCUUUCUUUCUAAACCCUCAGUGCUUUCCCGGGGAGCAGAGACGCUCUUCCGCACCACAGCCUGCUGGUGGGCAUCUCCCUUCCAGCCAGUGCCAAGGGAUUUCUCACCCAGCUCUGCCGGCGAGGGGAGGAGGCAGCCGAGCCGGCACUUCCCGGCAGGCCGCGGAGGUCGACGUAGAGCCACCCGGGGUGACUUGCAAUUCUGCGAUCACUGCAGAACUGCGGGAACAGCCCGGAAUGCCGAGGCGCCGGCGGCUACAGGCCACUCGGUGAGCCGGGGAUACCACGCUCCCCGGCGGACUCGGGGGUGGGGGCGCAGACAAAGGGGCGGUGGGUAGCUCGGGUUUCAGGGUGGGUCGCUCCCGGGCGACGGCGGCCGGGCGAGGGGAGGCGCUGUGCGCCGUCUUCUCCCAGCAGCGCGCGCCGGCCCGGCCCCGCGGCUACUGCGCGUCACGCUCUUCCCCGCCCCUAGCCGAAGAGCCCAGAGGAGGGAGGCGGGAGGCGGCGGCUGCUGCAGCGAGGCAGGUGGAGACCCGCGGCGGCUGCAGUGAGGCAGGUGGAGACCCGCGGCGUCCCAGGCGAUUUAAUCCAGAGACUAAGUUCUUUAUAGAAACACCCACAUUUGUAUGGAUGAUUGGGGAUAGAUAGUGGCACCAGACAAAGGAAAACCAACUCUGACCUACCAGGAAAAUGAGUAUGCUAAAGCCAAGUGGGCUGAAGGCCCCUACCAAGAUACUUAAGCCUGGAAGCACAGCGUUGAAGACACCUGCUGCUGUUGCAGCUCCAGUAGAGAAGACAAUAUCCAGUGAAAAAACCUCAGGCACUCCAUCCUCCGAGACUCAAGAGGAAUUUGUGGAUGACUUUCGAGUUGGAGAGCGUGUUUGGGUGAAUGGGAAUAAACCUGGAUUUAUCCAGUUUCUUGGAGAAACUCAGUUUGCACCAGGGCAGUGGGCUGGGAUUGUUUUAGAUGAACCCAUAGGAAAGAAUGAUGGUUCAGUGGCAGGAGUUCGAUAUUUCCAGUGUGAACCGUUAAAAGGCAUAUUUACCCGACCUUCAAAGUUAACAAGGAAAGUACAAGCAGAAGACGAAGCCAAUGGCCUACAGACAGCUCAUGCAAGAUCUGCUUCACCUCUGUCCACUACUGCAGCCAGCAUGGUAUCAUCUUCUCUGGCCACCCUUUCAAAUAUUCCCCCUAAAUCAUCCCAGUCGAUAGCAAAGGAGACUUCAACCACAUCUCAAAUCAGCAACCUUACGAAAACUGCCAGUGAAUCAAUUUCCAACCUUUCAGAGGCUGGCUCAAUCAAGAAAGGAGAACGGGAACUCAAAAUUGGAGAUAGAGUGCUGGUUGGUGGUUCUAAAGCUGGUGUAGUCCGGUUUCUUGGAGAGACUGACUUUGCCAAGGGGGAAUGGUGUGGUGUGGAAUUAGACGAACCUCUGGGGAAGAAUGAUGGUGCCGUUGCUGGAACAAGGUAUUUUCAAUGUCAGCCCAAAUAUGGCUUGUUUGCUCCCGUCCACAAAGUGACCAAGAUUGGCUUCCCUUCCACUACACCAGCCAAAGCCAAAGCUGCCGCAGUGAGACGAGUUAUGGCCACAACGCCUGUCAGCCUGAAGCGCAGCCCAUCAGCCUCUUCUCUCAGCUCCAUGAGCUCUGUGGCCUCCUCUGUGAGCAGCAAGCCCAGCCGAACAGGACUAUUGACUGAAACCUCUUCCCGCUACGCCCGCAAGAUCUCGGGCACCACUGCCCUCCAGGAGGCGCUGAAGGAGAAGCAGCAGCACAUUGAGCAGCUGCUGGCUGAGCGGGACCUGGAGCGGGCCGAGGUGGCCAAGGCCACCAGCCACGUUGGGGAGAUAGAGCAGGAGCUAGCCCUGGCCCGAGAUGGGCAUGACCAGCAUGUCCUGGAACUGGAGGCCAAGAUGGACCAGCUUCGAACAAUGGUGGAAGCUGCUGAUAGGGAAAAGGUGGAGCUCCUCAACCAACUAGAAGAGGAGAAAAGGAAGGUUGAGGACCUUCAGUUCCGAGUUGAAGAAGAAUCAAUUACCAAAGGUGAUCUUGAGCAAAAGAGCCAGAUUCCUGAAGCUCCUGAGAAUACGCAGACCAAACUGGAGCAUGCCCGCAUUAAGGAACUUGAACAGAGCCUGCUCUUUGAAAAGACCAAAGCUGACAAACUCCAGAGGGAGUUAGAAGACACUAGGGUGGCUACAGUAUCAGAAAAGUCCCGAAUUAUGGAACUAGAAAAAGACCUAGCAUUGAGAGUACAGGAAGUAGCUGAGCUCCGAAGAAGGCUAGAGUCCAGUAAACCUGCUGGGGAUGUGGAUAUGUCCCUUUCCCUUUUGCAAGAAAUAAGUUCUUUACAAGAAAAGUUAGAAGCCACCCAUACUGACCACCAAAGAGAAGUAACUUCUCUGAAGGAACAUUUUGGAGCUCAGGAAGAGAUGUUUCAAAAAGAGAUCAAGACUCUACAUACAGCUACUGAGAAGCUUUCCAAAGAGAAUGAGUCCUUGAGAAGCAAGCUUGACCAUGCCAACAAGGAAAAUUCUGAUGUGAUAGCUCUGUGGAAGUCCAAACUAGAGACUGCCAUCGCAUCCCACCAGCAGGCCAUGGAGGAGCUGAAGGUGUCCUUUAAUAAAGGGAUUGGAACAAACUCAGCUGAAUUUGCUGAGUUAAAGACACAGAUAGAGAAACUGAGACUAGAUUACCAGCAUGAAAUAGAAAAUUUGCAGAAUAAACAAGACUCUGAACGGUCUGCUCAUGCUAAAGAGAUAGAAGGCCUAAGGGCUAAACUGAUGAAAGUCAUUAAAGAAAAGGAGGACAGCCUGGAGGCCAUCAAGUCAAGACUGGACAAAGCAGAAGAUCAGCAUCUAGUAGAAAUGGAAGACACAUUGAACAAACUGCAGGAGGCUGAAAUAAAGGUAAAGGAGCUAGAGGUUCUGCAAGCCAAGUGCAAUGAACAAACCAAGGUCAUUGGUAAUUUUACAUCACAGCUCAAGGCUGUCGAAGAAAAACUCUUGGAUCUUGAUGCACUUCAGAAAGCCAGUUCUGAAGGUAAAUUGGAAAUCGAGGCACUUAGACAGCAGCUUGAGGCAGCUGAGAAACAGAUAAAAAAUUUAAAGAUUGAAAAGGAUGCUGAAACUAGCAAGGCUAAUAUCAUUGCCAAAGAGCUCCAGGGAAAAGAGGUAAAGCUCACUUACCUUCAGGACAAUUUGAGUGAAGUCAGUCAAGUGAAAGAGGCUUUGGAAAAAGAACUUCAGAUUUUGAAAGACAAGUUUGCUGGUUCUUCAGAGGAGGCUGUCUCAGUUCAGAGAAGUAUGCAAGAUACUGUAAAUAAAUUACACCAAAAGGAACAAGAGUUUAACACAUUGUCUUCUGAACUCGAGAAGUUGAGAGAAAAUUUAACAGAUAUGGAGGCAAAAUUUAGAAAGAAGGAUGAAAGAGAAGAGCAGUUGAUAAAAGCAAAGGAAAAAUUAGAAAACGACAUUGCAGAAAUAAUGAAGAUGUCAGGAGAUAAUUCUUCCCAGCUGACAAAAAUGAAUGACGAGUUACGUCUGAAGGAGAGAUCUGUGGAAGAACUACGGCUAAAACUUACAAGGGCCAAUGAAAAUGCAAGUUUUCUACAAAAAAGUAUUGGGGAAGUAACUCUUAAAGCUGAGCAGAGCCAACAGGAAGCAGCUAAAAAGCAUGAGAAAGAAAAGAAAGAAUUAGAGGAAAGAUUGUUGGACCUGGAAAAGAAGAUGAAAACAAGCUACAACCAGUGUCAGGACCUGAAAGCCAGGUAUGAAAAAGCCAGUUCUGAGACAAAAACAAAGCAUGAAGAAAUCCUGCAGAGCCUACAGAAGAUGCUGAUGGACACAGAGGAGAAGCUGAAGGCUGCUCAGGAGGCAAACAGAGGCUUGGUGCAUGACAUGGAGGAACUGAAAGCACAGGCCAAUAAAGCCAAAGUAUGUUCUAGGGGAGAAAUGGCGACUCGGACUGCAGAAGAUGCCAUGCAGAUCAUGGAACAGAUGACCAAAGAGAAGACUGAAACACUGGCCUCUUUGGAGGACACCAAGCAAACAAAUGCAAAACUACAGAAUGAAUUGGACACACUUAAAGAAAACAACUUGAAAAAUGUGGAAGAGCUGAACAAGUCAAAAAAACUUCUGACUGUAGAAAAUCAAAAAAUAGAAGAAUUCAAGAAAGAAAUAGAAACCCUAAAGCAGGCAGCAGAGCAGAAGUCCCAGCAGCUUUCAGCAUUGCAAGAAGAAAACGUCAAACUUGUCGAGGAGCUGGGGAGAAGCCGGAACGAAGUCACAGGUCAUCAAAAGCUGGAAGAAGAAAGAUCUGUACUCAAUAAUCAGUUGUUAGAAAUGAAAAAAAGAGAAGCCAAGUACAUAAUAGACGCCGAUGAAGAAAAAGCUUCCUUGCAGAAAUCCAUCAGUAUUACUAGUGCUUUACUCACAGAGAAGGACGCAGAGCUGGAAAAGCUGAGGAAUGAGGUCACAGUGCUCAGGGGCGAAAACGCAUCUGCCAAGUCCUUGCAUUCAGUUGUUCAGACACUGGAGUCUGAUAAAGUGAAGCUUGAGCUCAAAGUAAAGAACUUGGAGCUUCAACUCAAAGAAAACAAGAGGCAACUCAGCAGCUCCUCAGGUAAUACUGACACUCAGGCAGAAGAGGAUGAAAGAGCCCAGGAGAGUCAGCAAAUGAUUGAUUUCCUCAAUUCAGUAAUAGUGGACCUUCAAAGAAAGAAUCAAGACCUCAAGAUGAAGGUAGAGAUGAUGUCUGAAGCCGCACUCAAUGGCAAUGGGGAUGAUCUGCACAGUUAUGACAGUGAUGACCAGGAGAAACAGUCCAAGAAGAAGCCCCGCCUCUUCUGUGACAUUUGUGACUGCUUUGAUCUCCAUGAUACAGAGGACUGCCCCACCCAGGCACAGAUGUCUGAAGACCCUCCACAUUCCACACACCAUGGCAGCCGAAGUGAGGAGCGGCCAUACUGUGAAAUCUGUGAGAUGUUUGGGCACUGGGCAACCAACUGCAAUGACGACGAGACCUUCUGAUGAGGCCUCAGGGCAGAGCUGGGCUCUCCCAGGCAAUGACCUCUCAGUAGCUACCACCAGCAUUAUGCACGCCACUUCAGGAGAACUCGUUAUUUUGGACCCCGUCAGCAAAUCUAAGAAACUAUUUUGAUCUUUAAUAAAUUUUCCUUUCAUUUCCCCUUAUAAGUUGGAAUAAUAAAUAUUUUGUAGGUGAGCUUUCAUUUUAAGACUUUGCACCAGGUGCCGUUACUUUUGUUGUCCCUAAGAAACCUCAUGGAAUAAGUCCAACCCUGACAAGAUCUUAUUUAAGAAACUUUAAAUUAUGCUGUUAUUUUUUUCAUAUUUGCACUAAAAUAUUUCUGGGCUGUAUUUAUAUACUUAGAUUUUUCUGGUUUAGCUUUGACACUGGAAUGAGUUUCAAAAAAAUGUACCACUUUGCAUUUUCCUGUGCUCAGUUAUUUCUUCUUGAAUUCGCAAGCUCUUGGCACACCUGCCAUCCGUAGUAUCUCUUCAGGCUUGGCAGUACUUAGGUGAAGUUGCAAACAUGAAACAGGUCAAGGAAGGGAAGCCCCAGACGGCUGUGGAGGAAUGUUUUAUAAUCUAUAUGCUGCACCACACACUUGACUGGAGUGUUUUCUUUAUUGGUUUUACAUAAUUUCAGCCUCUAUAUAUUGUAUGUAUAUAUUUUUUAAGAAAUCUAUAUUUUGGGAAAAAACAUAUACAGUGUAUCUUCUUUUCAGAUUUUUACCUUUAUGAAAAAGAAAACACCUAAAGGAUCACCCAGAUAUGACAGACUAGGCUCUGCUUUGCUCCCAUUUUGCUUCUUAACUCCUCACGCUAAGUAGCCAGAAGAGCUCUUUCCACUUCUUUUUCCCUUCUCUAAGACACCCCAGCCAUGAAUUGAGCCACUAGAACGCACGGAAACAAAUCUGUUUAUAAAUUGUUUUUACUAUAUUUUUAAUGAAUGUAUGAUGAGAAAUUCAACAUUAAUAAUUUUGAAUUUUCUUAUCACAAAAAGGUAAGACUAAGAACCUCAACCACCAGAAGUUUAUCAACUAGUCUGUCUUCACUUGAAUGUCUUCUAGAAUAUGUAAAAAGUGAUAAAGUGUACUUUCCAUGCUACAUGUAUAGUAAGAGCCUCCACAACUGUACAUAAGCCUUUGAUGGGUUUCUCCCUCAAUUAGCAACUGUGCUUGACAAGUGAAAAUUAAAUGAAUCUGUUAUCAGUUGACAUUUCUGGUUAAUAAAACAAUAGGAAUUGUUUCAAACAAAAAUAGGUAAAGCAGUAUUAAAAUCUGAGCAAAUAAAUAUUCUGCAUCUACUUUAAUAAAAGGUUAUUUUUUUGUCA